GCCUCCCGAGACUCCGACUUCCCGGCGGAGUCGCAGCGCUGCAGGGCCGAGGCCGUCAGCGGAUGCCACGCGCCUUCCGCCGGGACGCGCCGGAGGAGCAACAGAAACGGAACCGCCGAAGCGGCAUGCCAGCGCGUCACCAGGUAUGGCUGCCCGGGCACAGCGUGCCCAGGUGCCGCCUUCUCCGAAGGCGCCAGCGGUCCUUGGUAGAUUUGCUGACUUCGAGCGGGUGGUCUUGUUGCCGCCUUGUGCGACACACUGGUCACAGCAGCACUCGCCUGCUCCAGAGGAGAAGGAGGAGCCGCGCUGCGAUUCUGCUGCUUCAAGCUUCAAGCGAGACCUGGAGCCCAUCCUUACCGACGCCUUGCAAAGCUCGGUGGAGGAGCAUGUCCUGACUCUCCGCACACCACCGGCGCAGGCCUGGAUAUUGCACUGUCUGUGGCUUUGCGAGGUGCUUGACGAAAUCAGAGGAGUUUGA